AUGUUUUCCAUGAAUGUAACUGGCAGAAAUUUGUUAAAUAUUUGCAAAAUUGUGUACAGAGUAGCUAAAAAUGCAGAUAAUGACUAUUUAUUCUUGGAGAAUCCUAAUACACUUGAUACUCUAAUUAGAGCAAUACAGCUCAUAGAACUACCUAUUCAAUCUUUGUCUUCUUCCUCACCUACUGCAAAUUCAUCAUCCUAUGUUUUUAAAAAUGACUUACUUCAAAAUCCUGCAUUAUUUUAUGUUUGUAAUAAUAAGGAUGCAAGUCAAGGUUUUAAAUUCAUACAACAUUCAUACCAUAUUUUGUUGCAGGUUACAGAAAUUUUCUGUCAUCUAAGUUCAGUGGAGUUAUUUCGUCCACAAUUAAUUUCACCUGAUGGCAUAUUAGAACAUGUUAUAAACUGUAUUAUCAAUUAUCAUGAACACGUUAUUCAUAAACAAAGUAGAAUAAAUUAUACGCAAGUUGUAACUGCAGCAUCCGAUCAUUCAGAUAUUAAUACAAUUUAUUUUAAUUGGAUAAGAUUUUUAUCUCAUUUAACUGAGCAUGCAGAUGUUUGUUAUCGUUUAGAAAAUUGGUUAAUACCGUCCAAAGACAGAGACACUAUGAAUCUGUACACCAAUAAGAAAAAAGAUAGUUCAAUAAAUGUCUGUCAGACCAUAUCAACAAGAAUUACAACACUAUGUCAGACGUUGAUUAAUUCAAUAUAUUUGUAUAAAGAAAAGGAGGAUCUUGUUGUAAGGAUUUCUUAUGUACUUGGCAAUCUAGCAGCUAGAUGUGAACGUGCACGCGUUGCAAUUUUGCCCGAUCAAGAGUGUUUAUUAAAACUAUGUGACUUCUGCCGCCAAUAUAAUUCAACAAUAUCUACCAAUGGUUCUGACAAUCUUAAAGUUCAAACUGAUUCAUCUAUUUUGAACAAUAGUGAAAAAGAUUUGACUAAGUCAAACAAUAGUGAUUUCUCGAAUGAUGUAGUAACAUUUAAAGAGGAUAAAUCAGAUCGUUCAAUGAAUCUUUUACAAUAUGACACGUUAGUGAAGUUAUUAAGAAUCAUAGCAAAUGUCACAAUAAGUGAAACUGCUGGGUUUUUAUGCACAGCAAACUUUGAUUGCAUAAAUCUGAUCCUGGAAAUCAUAGAUGGUCAACAUAUAGGUGAACCGAAUGAAUUGCUGCUCAACUGUUUUGCUUGUCUAAACAAUUUAACUUAUUAUAUAAAACAAGAGUUAACUGAAGAAUCCGUUAGAAAACAGUGUGAAAUAGCUGAAUGUCUUUUACGUGUAAUGAGGAAAAUAGUUGGUCAUCAGGAUGAAUUUCUUGGCGUUAUACGUGUAUUUGGUAAUCUAACACGUCAUACACCAAUAAGACAAUGGUUAGUCAGUAAUUCUAAUAUUUUGCUACAAAUUUCGACUUUGAAAGAGUCUACUACUAAUAAUACUGAUCUGUUCGAUAAGAAUGACGAUUUGGCGCUAAAUACAUCAUAUCGACAAAAUGCUUUUCUAUAUCUACUUAUACAAGCACUAGAUUCGUCAAGGGCAGACCAUGUGUAUAGUACUUUGGGCGUAUUGAUCAAUUUGAUGACAGACUUUGAACACAGGCCAAUGCUACGAACACUGGGAGGUCUGACAAAACUUGUAGAAAUUCUUCGAAACUUUGCUGGACAUGAUUGGCAAUUAGCUGGAUUGGCAUGCAAGACACUGUGGAAUUACACAGAUUUGGUUGAUGCUUCCAUGGGAGAACUUUUCGAUCCCGAGAUAAUGAUUGAUUUAUCUAAUCUCUUGACUGAAUUUACUGAUGAAAGUGCUGUUGCAAGAUUACAUCAAGGAUUAUUAUCAGAUAAUUUAAUGAUUGAGUCUGAUUGCCUAUCACUUUGGGAAGCAGCAUGGUCUAAUGAAUUUCUUCCUGUUGCUAGUGACCUACUGCAUCGUUUAUCAAAUCAUAUGAAUACUGACAAACCGAAACAGCUUCGUUCGCUUAUGAAAUCCUUUCAACUGUGCCAAGCUGCUGAUGGAAUGAUGAACUGGUAUUACUUUCGUUUCGAAGUCAAUUUAUAUACUCAGUCUGGGGAGAACAUAGCAGGAUAUAACUUUCAAAACGGUCUUACUCGCCGCCGGGUAAAUAUUCGUCGUAGCAUAAGUACUUAUCCCCUUCAAGUGGUUCGUAAUUAUUUAAAGGUGUUCGGUUCCCUUAAUAUAUCGUCCAGUACAUUCCAUAUAAGUCAUACGAAUGUUGAAGUUCCAAAGCCGAAUUUGCACAAACAUAGUCCUACUGGUUUAUAUAUGCAGUUUAACAAACUGAGUGUAGAAAAGCGGCAUCAUGUGAAGCUGGUCGUUGCUGACGAAGGUGUACCUAUCAGUAAUCAAUGGGAUUCUUAUGGUUAUCCUUAUCCAAUUCAAAUUGCUCAGUUUGGUUUAAAUCACUUCAGCCAGCUAGUAACAUCCGACCAAGUUGGCUUCCAAGAUGUGGAAAAUAUUUUAUUUUUGGAUGAUCAAAAUAUGGAUUUAGACUUAACUAUCCCAAAUGAUAAUGUUCUUCACCAUUGGACCAGUGAAAAGCGUUUGGAUAGGUCAAGUGACGUGCUCAUAUUAUCAGAUCCCGGUGACCGAAUUUUUUCUGUUACCCCGAAGCUUCAAGGUUGGAGUCAUUUUAUUAUGGUUGGCCACCAGUGGACGUACGGAAGCUUCGUCGAGCUGUUGGUUUUAUGGCAUCCACCACCAUCAGCGAUCAGACCCCGCUUUAACCGUCUACGAAGAACUUCCGUUGCAUAUAACUGUUCCUCAUCUCCGAAUAGACAUCAAAAAUAUGCUUCUAUCACCUCAGAUGGAAGUAGAGUUGUAUUUUGGAUGCCUGAGUGCGAAAAGUUAGCAAGACUUCAUGGGACUAUUAACAGUAUUAAAUUAGCACGGGAUAUUUAUACUGAUUUAAUGAAAGCAUUCUUUCCACUAUGGAAAUUACCUGAACUUGUUAGCCCAAGCAGUAAUGAACCUCUGGAUAAUAACUUUACCGGUUAUCAUUAUCAUGUCCAAGUACUGGAAGUAAAUUUCUAUGUCAAACGGCAUAGUGCAACUUUGAAUAUUGUCAUCGAAGAGUUGCGUCUUGGUAAACUAACCAAUCUACAAGCUACGUCAUCUGAUGAAAAUAAAAGGAAACUUACACCAGCAGAAAAGUUACUGCAUGAAAUACGUUUUAUGUCGGCCGCUGACUGGUUUGUUCACCAUCAAGAUGAUAAUGGUGGUUGGUCUGUAAAUGUUCGACGUUUUCUGAAAGGAAGAAAGGCUUUGAAACCUGGGUGGUAUUCUGCUAUGGGUCAAGGUCAAGCGAUGUCAUUACUAGUCAGAGCUUACAAUUACACCAGUGAUCUGUCAUAUCUUCAAGCUUGCUGUCGUUCAUUGGAUUUGUUUAAUUUAAGUAUAAAAUACAAUGGUGUUCGUUCGUAUUUUCUUAAUCAGUCAGAUCUCAUAUGGUUCGAAGAGUAUCCAUUUGAUCCGCCUAUUCAUAUAUUGAAUGGUUUUAUUUAUUCACUGAUAGGCUUAUAUGAUUUUACUCAAGUGGCAGCAAGUAAUCGAGACCCCUUGGUAGCAUCUAGUUUGUUGAAAGCCCAAACGUUUUUGAAUUCGGGACUGACAAGUUUGUCUAAAUUACUCCCACUGUUUGACUCUGGCAGUGGCAGCUUUUAUGACCUUCGUCAUCUUUCAGCUGAUCAUAUCCAGUCUAUGAAGUACACUGAACCUAGAAAUGCUAGAAACAAUUUUCAGUUAUCAUCUGGUCCUAACAGAGCUCGUUGGAGUUAUCAUUCUUUACAUAUUCGGCAACUUCAAACUUUGGUUGAUCUAGACCCGGAACAUUCUGUUCAAUGGCAAAAUACAGCGAGUCGAUGGAUCGCCUAUCUUCAAGGUUUUCAGUCUCUUCAGAAUUAG